CGGCCUCGCUGCCGCCCGAGCCCGACUUGCCGGCCGCCGGAGUAGAGCUGCCCAGCCGGUAGGCCCGCGCCGAAGCGGGCGAGAGCGCGGGCACGGCGAUGGAGGGCCAGAUGGCGGGACUGUACGACCUGGGCCGGCGGCUGGGCAGGGGCCACUUCGCCGAGGUGCGGCUGGCCCGGCACGUCUUCACGGGCGAGCGCGUGGCCGUCAAGGUGAUCGAGAAGAGCCGGCUGGGCGGCGCGGCGGCGGCGCGACUGCGGCGGGAGGUGGGUUGCAUGAAACUGGUGCAGCACCCCAAUGUGGUGCGGCUCUACCAGGUGCUGGAGACGCCGGCCCGGCUCUACCUGGUGCUAGAGCUUGGCGACGGCGGGGACCUCUUCGACCUGCUGACGCGGCGGCCGGGCGGGCUGGAGGAGGCGCAGGCCAAGGGCUACUUCGCCCAGGUGGUGCACGCCAUCUCCUACUGCCACCGGCUCCAUGUCGUGCACCGCGACCUCAAGCCCGAGAACGUGCUCUUCUUCCAGCAGCAAGGGGUGGUCAAGCUCACCGACUUCGGCUUCAGCAGCUGCUUCCAGCCGGGCACCAUGCUGGCCACCAGCUGCGGCUCCCUCGCCUACUCGGCCCCCGAGAUCCUGCUGGGCGAGGAGUAUGACGCCCCCGCCGUGGAUAUCUGGAGCUUGGGUGUCAUCCUUUACAUGCUGGUCUGUGGACAUCCCCCUUUCCAGGAGGCCAAUGACAGCGAGACCCUGACCAUGAUCCUGGACUGUCGCUAUGUGAUACCAUCAGGCAUCUCCCUCCUGUGUGCAGACCUUAUUGCCCAGAUGCUGCAGCGGGACCCCAAGCAAAGGGCCUCCUUGGAGAUCAUUGAAAACCACCUGUGGCUCCAGGGGGUGGACCCCUCCCCAGCCAGCCAUUCUCUCCUGCCGCUGACAUCUCACCGGAGGGUUUUGGAGGAGGAGCACGAGAUCAUCAUCCAGGCCAUGCUGUGUGGCCACAUUGCAGACCGGGAAACCAUCCAGGAAGCCCUGGAGGCCAAGCGCUACAAUCAUGUCACUGCCACCUACUUUCUGCUGGCCGAACGGAUUCUACGUGAGAAGCAGGAGAAGCAGAGCCUGGCCGAGGAGCUCCAGAGCAGGAGUCUACCAUGCGAGUCCCCUCUGCCCACAGAGCUGCCACCAGCCACCAAGGGCACUCUGGAGACGGUCGCUGCUGAGUAUGCCGGGAAGCAGCCUCUCCUCUGUCGCUCAGCUUCGGGCGAGGGCAGGCCUCUUCCAGCUUCCCAUGGAUGCGGGCAGCCUCUGCGGGCCCUCAUCCAGCCCUCCCUCAUGGAGACGGGCAUUGCCAAGAGCACCCUCGCCUUGCAGCAGAUUUCGGAGGAGGAGGAGGAGGAAGAGGAGGAGGCAGAAGGGAAACCGGGGCCCUCACGAAGACGGACCUCCUCCUUGAACGAAGAGCAGAUGAGCCGCUUCCAGAGCACCGCGUCCUCCCUGCUUUUCUGCCGGGCCCUUGCGGCCCACUACAAAGCGGGGAAAGAGCCUCCUCCUGCACACACCAAGUCCCCCUGCCUGGAACAAGGGCCUGGGGUGGCUCCAGCAGCUCCUCCGGAGCAGGCAUCCCCCAGCAGCCGGUCAGGAACAGGCCGAGCCCCGCAGUCAGAGGAACCGGGCAGCAGCCUCUGCUUGCAAGGGGGAAAGAGGCCUGCUGAACCCCCAGGGGAAGCCACCCCCACUAGCAGCAAGGGAGGGGGCCCCGUCGGACCAGAGGGGGGGCUUGGCCAAAUUGAGCCCCUCCUGGCAGAGGAAGAGGAACAGAGUCACCUCCUUCCGUCGAGGGAAGGAGAGCCCGUUGAGGAGGACCUCCUGGAGGUUGAGGAGGAGAGCCCCCACCCCCAGAGCAGCACAGCUCUUCUGCAGGGGGGCUGUGCCCCAAGAACCCCUGGAGCCGAGGUGCUGCCAGGAGCAGAGGGAAAGGGGCCGGAGCUGGGGCUGCGCCACGGGGCCAAAGCCUGCUGCGUGGCCAGAGCAACGGGAGUGGCCAUGACAGCCUCGCGGACAGCAUCAUCAAGCUGGACCCGGCAAAGGCAAGAGCGUUAACCUGAAGGAUCGGCUUCUGCAGUUUCCGCUCUGCGAAAAGGCCCUGGCUUCCGGAUGCAGCCAAGCUCCCGAGAGAGCCUGCUGUCCUUGGGGCAGUUCAAACUGUUGCCAACGUCAUCUAGGCAUGCGAGGAGAGAAGAGCA